AACCCGCGAAGAAACAGAGGACGCCGUGGCAGCAAAACAGGCAGUAGAAGAAGAGGAAGUAACCGCAGUAAAGCCAUGGCAAAUGACAAGAAUCCCCUCAAUCAGCUUAAAGAUCUGGUGGAUCUGAAAGACCAGCUGGAGGACAUCCAGAGACGCAUGGAGGACGAGAUACAAGCCGGGGUUCCUCCAGGGGGCAGUCUGCUGGCCUCUCCUUUCCUGAAAGGGUUUCUGGCAGGGUACAUUGUUGCUCGGCUACGCUCUUCAGCCUUGAUGGGUGUUGCAGUAGGAACAUGUACAGGAAUCUAUGCUGCACAGAAUUACAGAGUUCCCAACAUUGAAACUACCAUCAAAGACUACAUGAGCAGCCUGAGAGGAGGACGCAAAUAACUGGAGAAAUGAGAAGACAAGAAAGGAGGAGGGAAGAAGAGGGGCAGUUGGAACCAAACGAUGCAUGUGGGAACAGAAUGUUAGAAAUUCUAAUGCCAUCAUACACAAGGAGGAGAAAAUCUGAGAACUCUGUGGUGGGCUAACUUAAAAGCUAGAUAAAUUGGUACAAAUUAAACAGACUAGAAAUGCUACAUGUAAUUGGGAAAAACAUAUCUAAUAAAUGAUCAAUUUAGAUAAACUUAGAUAAACGAAAAAGCUUCAGACCUCUUACCUUUUCCUGCCUUAAGCUUUUUUUUUCUGUAAAUUUAUUGAUACAUGUUAGAUCAGAAAAAUAUCCAUAUGUAUAAUUAAUCUUCUGUUUUUCUCCUCCCUUCCAAAAGAAUUUUAAUUUCUCUUUUUUGGGGGAGUGUUUUUGUAACACUUCCUGCAAAUGUCAUGUUUCCAGCUUUAUCUACUUUGCACUUGGUUGCUCAUGGGUAAUGGAGCCAAAAAGGUCAAAAAUCACACACUGUGUUUCUCCGUAAAACUUGACAGACCAUUUAUGUUCAUUUCAGUUCUUAUAUUAUUUUCAAGUUUUAGACUAGCAUUUGUGGUGUGUUGUGUGUUUUUCAUACACAUAUGGUUUUAGGUCAGUGCUUCACUUUGUGAAAUUUUUAAAAAAUCAGUGAUGUUGUAAAGAUGGAUAUACUCCAAAAACAAGCAACAAUCCUGUGCUGUCUUUGACUAUUUAAAGUACAUCACAGGAGUUAAACUCUGUGUAGAUGAAUGAAAAUGUAAGCCAAAGUGAAAGCUUGCUUAAAAAUAUUAAAAUUGCACUUAAAAUUUUAGUAAAACAGGGAUGUGUGCCUACUCUGGUUGGGACUUGAUAUUAUCAUCUCAUACCAUCUGUGCAAUAGCUGUCUCUGAUAGGAACUGGCUGUUUACAUAAAAUGCUGGAAACUAGUUGAUCUGUAGCACUUUGAGGUGUUGUAUACAUUUGAAGAUGUUUAUUAUCUUACAGAAAACCAUUUUGUUAAAUUUGUAUUAGCUUUUUUGUCUCAGAAAUCUGUCAUUUAGUGCCAUACCAAUAUCUGUACUAAAAGUACUGUCAUCAUAUGUUCCUUUGUACUUAAACACUACACCAAAUCCAGGUUAAAUACAGUUUUGGGACACUGAGGUCCCUAAUUCUCUCAGAAAUCCUAAAUAACAGUUGUUUACUGUGUUCAGGAGCAGUGUUUUCCUCAAAAAAAUUGGUGAAAAGCAGGUAUAUAUGAAACAGAAAAAAAUAUUUUAAAUGGAAACAAGUGGAAAAACUGAACUGGAAGUAUUUACUGCAAUAGAAGCAUUUUUUUUAAAACCUUGAUUAUUGUUGUCAUGUGCAGUAAGUAAUUGCAAGUUAAUGCGCAGCUGGACAAAUGGAACAUUAAACACCAUAAAAAUGA